AUGAUAAUUUAUGCAACAGAAGUACAAACAAUAAAUUCUUUUCUUAGAUUGGAAUCUUUAAAAGAGGUCUAUGGACUCAUAUGGAUAUUUGUCCCUAUAUUUUCUCUUGUAUUGGGAAUCAUAACUGGUGUACUAGUAAUUGUGUGGUUAGAAAGAGAAAUAUCUGCAGGGAUACAACAACGUAUUGGACCUGAAUACGCCGGCCCGUUAGGAAUUCUUCAAGCUUUAGCCGACGGGACAAAACUACUUUUCAAAGAAGAUCUUCGUCCAUCUAGAGGAAAUACUCCUUUAUUUAGUAUUGGACCAUCUAUAGCAGUUAUCUCUAUUUUACUAAGUUAUUCAGUAAUUCCUUUUAGCAAUCACCUUGUUUUAGCGGAUCUCAAUAUCGGUAUUUUUUUAUGGAUUGCCAUCUCAAGUGUUGCUCCGAUCGGACUUCUUAUGUCAGGAUAUGGAUCAAAUAAUAAAUAUUCUUUUUUAGGUGGUCUGCGAGCUGCUGCUCAAGCGAUUAGUUAUGAAAUACCAUUAACUCUAUGUGUUUUAUCAAUAUCUCUACGUGCGAUUCGUUGAAACAGAAAGGUUUAUUCCGUUUCUUCUAGAUAAAAAAAAAUGAAAAAAAAAACGGAAUAUAUAUAUUUAUCUUUCGGGUUUAUCUUAAUAAAAGGAAUUUGAAUUUGAUAGUUAUAUAUGAGUGAAAAAAAACUGCUCAGAAAUUAGCAGUAAAAAGAAAAAUUAAGUCUCAUUUCCUAUGUACAAAGGUUAAAUGGAAAUAAACGUAAGCGUAAGAAUCGCUUUACCCCAAGGUUGGUUGAUUAGUCAGCCGGGCUUGAAGCGGGUUAAAAAAAAUAUUAACCGUAUGACGUUUUCACUAUCAGUUAUAUAAAUUACUAUACAUAUACAUAUAUUACAAAGUGAUCGGCAAUUAGGUAAAAACGCGUGGAUGGUUAGAAACACCAAAAUACACAAAGAAUUUGUAAUAGAGAUUAACCAAAUUGAAAAGGAUAUUUAUGCAUAACAUAA